AUAGAUGGCACUAGCAGGAAACCUUAAUCAUCCAACAUGCAUGUGAAUCCUUUCAAUAUCUUAAUUCGCUUGAAAAAGCUGUUUGAACGGGUGGACUUUCACGAAAAUGAUUUACUUUAUGAAGCCCUUUAGAUUAGAAAGGUCGUCUACAGAUUCUUAAAAUUCAUAGACAGGAUGACGGCGAAAUUUCUUGCUACCGAUGUGAACCUUGAACAGCUUACUAGUUGUACGAAGAAUUACAGUAGUAUACAACUUGAAGCUGUUGUGAGAGGUGCUUUGUCCUUUGCUUUAGAUAAGUGAGGUUGGAUGAUCACCAUAUGACAGUGGAUGGAGAGAGCAUUAAGGUCACCAUGGUUGAUUUCGUACUUGCACUACAAGAAGUUAAAUCUGCUUAAUUUAGGAGUUUCAAUUGAUGAACUCCAAAUGUGCAGACCAAAUGGUAUGGUAGAUUGUGGUCAUUAUCAUAAUUAAGCAGGUUUAUAAAAGAGUGAUGCUACUUGUGGAGACACUUAAAUUGGGCGAACGACAGCCCUUUUGUUAAAUUGGUCAGAAUAUAUUCUCUCACAGUUUUGGCCUUAAAAAUCCAAGUUUGGCGGGUAAUGUUCAUAACUCAACUACCAACUGUAUUUCAAAUAGUUACCCGUCACCCUUUGUUACCCUUAUCCUUCUCACUCAGCUCUGCACCACAGAGCUGAGAUAUGGUGUUUUCGUUUUCAUCUUCGUCUUCGUUGCUGACCACUCCACCCUCCACCCUUCACGUCCUCCCCGCCUCCGAUCCUCCGUACAACCUCCUCCAAACCCACCCAUCUCUCACUCUCCUCUCCAAAUGCAGAAGCAUCCAAAAUCUCAAACAAGUCCACACCCACAUCAUCAAGACCGGCCUCCACAACACCCACUUUGCCAUGAGCAAGCUCAUUGAGUUUUGCGCCGUUUCGCAAUUUGGGGACCUCUCCUAUGCUCUGUCGGUCUUCGAAUGCGUUGAGAAUCCGAACCAGAUUAUUUGGAACACAAUUAUUCGAGGCUAUUCCUUGAGCUUGAAGCCAUUACAGGCCGUGGAGUUCUAUGUAAGGAUGAUUGCCUCGGGUGCUGAGCCGAAUUCUUACACAUUCCCUUUUGUUUUGAAGUCUUGUGCGAAAGCUGGGGCAGCUCAGGAAGGGAAGCAGGUCCAUGGGCAUGUGUUGAAGCAUGGAGUUGGCUCUGAUGCGUUUGUGCACACUUCUCUGAUCAACAUGUAUGCGAAAAGUGGUGAAUUGGAUAAUGCAAGGUUGGUUUUUGAUAAAAGUCAUCUGAGAGAUGCGGUUUCGUUUACUGCUUUGAUUACUGGCUAUGUUUCAAGGGGUUGUAUGGAUGAUGCCCGCAGCUUGUUUGAUGAAAUUUUAGUAAGAGAUGCUGUGUCUUGGAAUGCUAUGAUUUCAGGGUAUGCUCAGAGCGGCAGGUUUGAGGAAGCUUUGGCUUUGUUUUCGGAUAUGCGAAAAGCAAAUGUGGUACCUAAUGAGAGUACUAUGCUUACUGUGCUUUCUGCUUGUGCUCAGUCGGGGUCACUUGAAUUGGGAAAAUGGGUCGCUUCUUGGAUUGAAGACCAGGGACUUGGAUCGAAUGUUAGGCUUGUUAAUGCACUUAUUGAUAUGUACUCAAAGUGUGGUGCUUUGGACACAGCUAGAGGUUUAUUUGAUGGUAUGCAACAGAGGGAUGUGAUCUCGUGGAAUGUUAUGAUUGGUGGUUAUACACAUAAGAGCCAGUACAAGGAAGCCUUGGCACUCUUUCGGUUAAUGCUACGUUCAAAUGCAGAGCCUAAUGAUGUCACAUUCUUGGGCAUUCUUCCGGCUUGUGCUCAUUUGGGAGCUCUUGACCUUGGCAAAUGGAUUCAUGUUUAUAUAGAUAAGAAGUUGCAGUGUUUGACCAAUACAUCUCUCCAGACCAGUCUCAUAGACAUGUAUGCAAAAUGCGGAAACAUUGAGGCAGCAAAACAAGUCUUUGAUGGUAUGGAAGCCAAAAGCUUGGCCUCUUGGAAUGCAAUGAUAACUGGCUUAGCAAUGCAUGGGAAAGCAAAUGCAGCGCUUGAGCUUUUCUCGAAGAUGGCUGAUGAAGGAUUCAAACCAGAUGAUAUCACAUUUGUGGGAGUUUUAUCGGCUUGCAACCAUGGUGCUCUAGUAGACCUUGGACGCCAAUAUUUUAGUUCCAUGACCAAAGACUACCAUAUUUCACCGCAACUACAACACUAUGGAUGUAUGAUAGAUCUUCUAGGACGAGCUGGGCUACUUGAUGAAGCAGAGGCCCUCAUGAAGACCAUGGAGAUGAAGCCAGAUGGUGCUGUGUGGGGUUCUCUUCUUGGGGCUUGUAGAACCCAUAAGCGUGUAGAGAUGGGUGAAUAUGUUGCCAAACAUGUGUUCGAAUUGGAGCCUGAAAAUGCUGGGGCUCAUGUGCUGCUAUCAAAUAUCUAUGCAAGUGCUGGUAGGUGGGAUGAUGUAGCCAGAAUAAGAACCACGCUGAACGAUAUGGGAAUCAAGAAAGUUCCUGGCAGUACUUCUAUUGAGGUGGAUAGUGUUGUUCAUGAGUUUCUCGUUGGUGACAAAGUGCAUCCUUUAAGUGAAGAAAUCUAUGAGAUGUUGAAAGAAAUGGAUAGGCUUUUGGAUAUGGCUGGUUUUGUGCCUGAUACAUCUGAGGUACUCUAUGAUAUGGAUGAGGAAUGGAAGGAAGGGAUUUUGAGUCAUCAUAGUGAGAAGUUGGCCAUUGCUUUUGGUUUGAUCAGCACAAAGCCAGGCACAACUAUUCGAAUUGUAAAGAAUCUUCGAGUAUGUGGAAAUUGUCAUUCAGCUACAAAGCUGAUAUCCAAGAUCUUCAAUAGGGAAAUUAUUGCAAGAGAUAGGAAUCGCUUCCACCAUUUUAGAGAUGGUUCUUGUUCAUGUAAUGACAAUUGGUGAACAUCCCUUAAGGGGCGAUGGAAAUGCAGGUGUUUUCCUCCGUACGUGGAUUUAAUUAAAUUGCAAUUCCAUUCUUGAUCAUUUAAGCAGAUAAGUGUCUAUUAU